AUGUCGGUGGAAGAGAAGAUCAGCAAGGAAGAGCGCCGCAAGCUCAAGGAGGAGAAGCGUGCUCGUAAGGCUGCCAAGGCUGCUGCUGCUGCCGAGGCUGCCGGCGAGGACGCCCCCGCCCCCGAGAAGAAGGAGAAGAAGGACAAGAAGGACAAGAAAGAGAAGAAGGACAAGAAGCGCAAGGCUGAGGACGAUGGCGAGGAGCCCAAGAAGUCCAAGAAGACGAAGGAGGAGUCGCCUGCCACCCCCGCCGAGACCAUCAUCGAGACCCCCGCCGAGGGCCAGGAGGCUCCCGCCCUCUCGAAGAAGCAGCUCAAGAAGCUCAAGGCUGCUGCCGCCGCUGCCGAGGCCGCCGAGGCCACCCCGGCUGCCCCCACCCGCGAGUUCACCGCUGCCGACAACGCUUUCCUCAAGGAGCAGAACAUCACCCUCGAGCCCGCCCUCUACCCGCCGUACCUCGACAUGGCCUCGCUCGUUGUCAACCCCGCGAUUAGCCAGUUCCUGUCGUCGUUCACGAAGCCGACUCCCAUCCAGUCCGUUUCGUGGCCCGCUCUCAUGGCCAAGCGCGACGUCGUCGGUAUCGCCGAGACUGGUUCCGGAAAGACCCUCUCGUUCGGUGUGCCCGGUAUGCAGCUGCUGAGCCAGCUCCCGCCCGCCGGCAAGAAGGGCAAGGGCAAGCUCGCCAUGCUGGUGCUUGCGCCUACCCGUGAGCUUGCCCAGCAGUCGUUCGACACCCUCGUCAAGCUCGGCAAGCAGCUCAACAUCGAGGCUGUCUCGCUUUUCGGUGGUGUUCCCAAGGGAGAGCAGAUUGCCAAGAUCAAGGCUCCCAACACCCGCAUCGUCGUCGGUACCCCGGGACGAACCCUCGACCUCGCCGACUCGGGCGACCUUGACCUCUCGGGCAUCAAGUACCUUGUCCUUGACGAGGCUGACCGCAUGCUCGACGCCGGUUUCGAGAACGACAUCCGUCGCAUCAUCGCCCACUGCCCCAAGCACGACGGCGGCCGCCAGACCGUGAUGUUCUCGGCCACCUGGCCCGAGUCCGUCCGCCGCCUCGCGUCGUCGUUCCUCACUGAGCCCGUUAAGGUCACUGUCGGCUCUGACGAGCUCUCGGCCAACAAGCGCAUUGAGCAGGUCGUCGAGGUCCUCGACAACCCCCGCGACAAGGACGGCCGUCUCACGUGGCACCUCCGUAACCACCUCAAGUCGAACCCCGGUGCCCGUGUUCUCGUCUUCGGUCUCUACAAGAAGGAGGCCCAGCGUCUUGAGUACACCAUCCGCCGCGCCGGCUACAAGGUUGGUGCCCUCCACGGUGACAUGAACCAGAACGACCGCUUCAAGGCUCUCGACGCCUUCAAGGACGGCAGCGUCAACGUUCUUGUCGCUACCGACGUCGCCGCCCGUGGUCUCGACAUUCCCGAUGUCGCCCUCGUCAUCAACGUCACCUUCCCGCUCACGACUGAGGACUUCGUCCACCGCUGUGGACGAACAGGCCGUGCCGGCAAGACCGGAAAGGCUGUCACGUUCUUCACGGGCGAGAACCACGAGCGAUCGCUCGCGGGCGAGUUCAUGCGUGUUCUCCGUGACGCUGGCGCCGAGGUGCCGAAGGAGAUGGACCGCUUCCCGUCCACGAUCAAGAAGAAGGAGCACGGAAGCUACGGCGCGUUCUACAAGGACACGACGAACGCGCCCAAGGCCACGAAGAUCACGUUCGACUAG